UGAUUCGGGAUUCGUUAAAUACAUCAAAUGGCUAAAUUUAACAAACGAUGUUUGAAUAUUUCUCAGUGAAAAUAUAAAUUUGUAAUGAAUUUUUAUAUUAUAUCCAAACGAAAAAGAUAACUCAUACAUCUUGAUGCACACUGUGUAGCACAAAGAUCCACAACAAAAAACAAAAUAAACAGAAUCCCGCAAUUCUAGCACUUUUAGCAGCAACAACAAACCAAGCAAAUCUCUCUCUAGUGCCACCAAAAAAUUAUUUUCAGAUGCAUAUUAAUGAAUGUAAUUUGUAAACUCCAGUCCGAAAAAGAGUUGGCAAAAUAGGGAGCAAAGCAGAAGAGGUGGAUUUUGAGGAUGAGGAACUCAAAGCAGGGUCGGCUGGAGAAGGGUGGCGGGUCAGCGUCGGAGGGGGGCAGUGGCCAGGAGGCGGACUCGCCGUCGGAGCACACGAGCGAUUGUGCUUUCCAGACGGUGCUCGAGGACGUGCGGGCGUGCAAGUCGGCGCGCUGGGCUUGCGAGGAUGCGCACAAAAUCCGGCUGAAGCAAAUGCGGGCCACCCUGACCAAGCACAUCGACGAGACCGAGUGGAUGUACGAGCCCCUGGACUCAAUCCUCGGCUUCAGCAAGUAAAGCGCAAAAAGUAUCCUAAGAGAAGCGGCAUCCAACUCUGCGCUGUCCCCGGCUGUCCCACCAAGCAGUCACCAAGCGGCGUCAAGUCGUACCAGUUUCCUAAAGACAAUGAGAAGCGACGCGAGUGGCUCAAAUUGUGUUCCAUUGCCUCGUGGGCACCAACGGCCCGCAUCUGCCAGCUGCACUUUGACCCUCAUGACCUGCACCCCUUCAGGUGCCAACAGGUCAUGGCCUGUGGUCUAGCUUGCACCUGCAAUCUCCACAGACUGCCUGAGGGCAUUUUGCCUUCCAGGAAUCUGCCCAGUGCUGGUCAGAAGCAGAGGGAGAUCAAUCAAAAUCGCAAAAACAGGAUCGAGAAAAGAGAGAGGAAAAAAAUCGUGAAGGAACUUCUUGAACAAAACCCACUUCAGCAGCCACAAGAGAAAAUCUCCGCAAUCAAUGAGAGCAGUUUAGACGACCCACUGGGUGAAGCUCAACUUAGGAGUUUCCUGCCUGAGGAGUUUGCGAACAGAUCGUGGUUGGCCCUACCAGAUGAUGAUGCAAUUUUUGAAGUGCUAGAGCCAGUCGAAGCCCCCUCGAUUCACAUCAAGCAAGAGCCUGGAGUUGAAAAGGACCCUGACAUCUUCUGCCUUCAGGACCUAUGCAGAAUAUGUGCUCAGAAAUGUGAUGAUGAAGUUUCCAUCUUUGGAGACACUGACUAUGCUGAAAUGAUUGCAGAGUGCAUGCCAAUCAAGAUUGAUAAAAAUGAUGAGCUGCCAGCAAAAAUUUGCAAGGGCUGUUUGAAAACUGUGAAGAAAAUCCACGCAUUGAGGAACAAGUGUCGAGAGGCGGACAAAACGCUGAGAGGUCAUUUAAAGGAGCAGUAGGAUUUCGAGCGUAUGACUUUGGAGCACGAGGAAGAAUCAAAAGGAGAGAGCGAUGAGGAUGAAGUACUGAUGAAGAACGUCUGCUUUGUGGUCAACUCUAAUGACAAUUCCACAGGACAUAAUAAAAAAAAAACUCAAAAUGAUGUGGUCAGCAUUCCUCAAUAUGUGUUAAUAGGACGUACAGUGAAGAAAAAAAGCCUUUCAAAGGUCGCAAUCAAAGCUCCGUAACCUAAGUUGUUAGAGGCACCAGUGGUUUUCAUUUUUUUUUU